GUCUCGUAAACAAACCACGUUACAAACAUGUGAAGAAGGUGCCUCGCGUGGGGCAAUGAAUAAUCGCUCUACGAAACGAGGGAGGAAAAUGAAAGAAAAUUAGGCGUGGCUAACGUGCUCGUAACCACCGCCACUUCCCCGUCCAAAAGUAAAAGCUAGCUUGGAGGGCCAGGAGGGAGGGGAGGAGGGGGAGCGCAAUGGCUUGCUGUUCACUGAGUUUUCCGGUGACGGUGAAGGCAAGGUCUCCGUCGCCACCGACUUCUGGUGCUCUAGCCUCGUCUCCCUCUUGUACUUAUUCUUCUAGAUCCAGCUCACACUCGCGCUCAUUCCAAUCGUCGUCGUUCAGUACUCACUCUACCCGCUCACUCUCUCUCCACUGCGACGGAACCCUAAUCAGGAGGCCUCCCGAAUUCCUGGUUGUGUCAUCAGGCAAUAAGCCAGAACCUCUAAAGGUGAUGAUAUCUGGGGCUCCUGCUUCAGGUAAAGGGACUCAGUGUCAGCUCAUCACUCAGAAAUAUGGUUUAGUUCAUAUUGCGGCUGGAGAUUUAUUGAGGGCGGAAAUUUCAUCUGGGAGUGCAAAUGGAAAGCGAGCAAAGGAAUACAUGGAGAAAGGACAAUUGGUCCCUAACGAAAUAGUUGUCAUGAUGGUGAAGGAGCGCCUUUCGCGAUCAGAUUCUCAAGAAAAUGGUUGGCUUUUGGAUGGAUACCCAAGGAGCUUAUCUCAAGCAACUGCACUUAAAGAAUUUGGAUUUCAGCCAGACAUAUUUAUCCUUCUAGAAGUGGCUGAGGACAAUCUUGUCGAGCGAGUGGUUGGGCGUAGGCUAGAUCCUGUUACUGGCAGGAUAUAUCACUUAAAGUAUUCUCCGCCGGAGAAUGAAGAAAUUGGUGCGAGGCUUACCCAGCGCUUUGAUGACACAGAAGAAAAGGUAAAAUUGCGAUUACAAACUCAUCAUCAAAAUGUGGAGUCGGUGCUUUCAAUGUAUGAGGGCAUAACCGUCAAGGUCAAUGGAAAUGCCUCCAAGGAGGAUGUAUUUUCUCAGAUUGACAAUGCCCUGACAAACCUUAUUGAGCAAAAGAACUCUACAUUGGGUUCUAUGGCAGCUUGAAGAUUAGUUCAUAUAAAAGAGAUACAGUAUACCUUUGCCCGAAUUUUCUCUAAGAGUGGCGGUGUUGCAAUUUGCAUAGUAGAUGCCGUCCCUCUAAUCAAGCAAAUGAGAGACUGUAUAGGUCCUGGGCCUCCUGGCACUUGUAAUAUCAUGCGUCAUUUAUUACUAUUCUGGUUGCUCUGGAUCAUGGUUGUUGCUAGGCUAGUUUCUCAAGCCUUUUCAGUUGCUGAUGGGGCUGUUAGGUUUUUUCUGCCGAGGAUUUUCUGUGUGAAAUUAGUGAUCUUUAAGUUACAUCUAUUGUGGAAAUGGAAUUAUACGACGUAAUCAAGUCAUCGGUCGGAUAGUUGCUUCUGAAAUUUCACAUUUCGUUUGUAAAAUUCAUAGAAUUUGGUGUUUUUUUGGAAUAGUUUCUAAUCUACUAGUUUAAUUUGUUCU